AUGCCGGACUCAGCCAGAAGAUGCUUGAGACUUUCAACAUCAGCGCCCAUACCAAAAGAACAGCAUGGAAGUACAACACACUUCACAGGUGAGCUGCAGCUUGCCAUGGAGCGAGAGCAGUCCACGGAGCGCGGCGCCUCCUCACCCGCACCGGAGGAGCGAGCGCAGGUGAAGACACAUCACCAUAAACACAGCCUCGGGCGCCGGUUUGAAGUGCUGGAGACGCUGGGCAGAGGCACGUACGGCAAAGUCAAGCUCGCGUUGGAGAGACAGCGUGGAAAGACGGUGGCUAUUAAAUCCAUUAGAAAGGACAGAUUGAGGGAUGAUCUGGAUAGAGCUCACAUCCAGAGAGAAAUUGAGAUCACCGCCUCUCUUGUGCACCCAAAUAUCAUCCGUCUACAUGAGGUGUUCGAGAGCAGAGAGAGGAUUGUGAUGGUGAUGGAGUACGCGAGCGGAGGAGAGCUGUAUGACUACAUUCAGGACAAACAGAGACUGUCAGAGGAGGAGGCCAGACACUUCUUCAGACAGAUCACCUCUGCUGUGCAAUACUGCCAUAAAGUGGACUGCUGGUCUCUUGGUGUGCUGUUAUAUGCUCUGGUUUAUGGCUCCAUGCCUUUUGAUGGUACAAGUUACAGCAUCCUUAAAGAGCAGAUACGCCAUGGACGAUAUACGAUCCCAGAUGUCCUGUCAGAGGCCCGUUCAUUGAUCGGAUGGAUGCUCACAGUGAAAAUAGAAGACAGAGCCACUGUGGAAGAUGUCGCUAAUCAUUGGUGGCUAAACCUAAACUGUCCAAAAGCUACAAAGAGUAAACCGUGCGCCUCCACCCUACCCAGAAAGAAACAUAAGGAAAGAAGAUUGACCUCAAACAGCAGCUUCGUUCUGCUGUCGCCUCUCGAGUCUUCUUCCCACAACCAGCCCACGAAGGGCAUCCUGAAGAAUCUCUACAGUCAGCUUGAGUACACAGACAGGUCUGGGGCUGCUGGAAACAGUACGGCAGCGACUAGCGAAGAUGUGGGAAGAAUCGGGACAGAUAACGGGAGGAAGAGGAAGGGCAUUCUUAAGUGUAAUGGAAAGUUCUCCGGUGUUUCUCCAAUCACGUCGGCUCCUACGUGGUCACAUGGUUCCAGCAAAACUAGCCAAGAGUGUGAUGGAGGUGAGCAGCAGGAGAUGGAGUUUGAGAUCAAGAUCUCCCUGUGGAAAACACACCAGUCUACAGGCCUACACGUUCCACAGAAUAGCUAUUUUGAUCAUGUACAAUGACUAUAAAUGCAUUGAAUUUAAUAAC